AUGACCUCGCUAUCGACCUUCACGAGAUUUCUAGAGACCGCCCAUCCCACCCUGAGGGAGUUGACAAUGAACAAGAUAAUCUGGACAAAUGAUCGACACUUUGAUAACCACGAAAAGCAAGCCAAGGACGAAGAGGCAGUUCGGCUCAUGCGCCUUAUCGCGGUCCAUCUUCGCGACUAUAGUGCCCUCCGGCUGCUGGAGAUAGGCACUUGGACCUACCAGGAUGUGAAAAUCGCUUUCCAAGAUCCGUUCGACCGCGAUAGAGACUCGUUUCUCGCGUUGUAUAAUGCGAAGUACGCCACUGUACCCUAUAGAGAAUAG